AUGCUCCGGAUUGCCGCCGGUACCGCCAAAGGACGACGACUGGACAGUCCGAAUGUCUAUCUACGACCUAUGAUGGGAAAGGUCCGGGAAGCAGUCUAUUCGACCUUUACAGCUUUUGGCUUGUACGAUCCUGCCACUACCACCCGUCACCUGGAUAUUUUUGCCGGAUCCGGGAGUGUAGGACUGGAGUCGCUCAGUCGAGGCGCAGCGCACUGCACCUUUGUCGACCUCUCCGAAGACUGCUGCUCGGCUGUAGAGCGCAACGUCAAAUGGUGCGACUUUGCAGGCAAGGAGCAGAUCGUUUGCGGAGAAGCGAUUCAAGUGUUGAACGAGCCCUUUGCGGCGGGAAUUCCAGAAUUACAGACAUAUCAGCUAGUCACACUAUGUCCACCGUACGAAGAAAUUGUCUACGGGGAUUUGAUCGAGGCGGUCGCCAACAGUCCCGUUGUGACAGACGAUACGGUAGUGUUAAUCGAGUACCCGGUAGAACUGGGAUGCCUGCCGCACGUCGUCCGCCGUCGAGACGGUGGGGCCAUGGUGGGAGUCCGCAACCGGCGGUAUGGGCGGACAGUUAUUGCCAUUUACGUCGUCAACCCAACCGGCAGAUUGGAAGUAGCAUACUCGCGACCCGAGGAGUUCAUAACAUUAUAG